ACAUCAACCACAACUAAUCAUCAAACACUUGCACCAAACUUUUAAUUAUUUCUUCAAAUCCUUUUCCAAAUCAAACAGAUCAUACAUUCUAAAAAUGAGGCAACUCUUCAUUUUCAGCUUCUUGUUGCUCUUGGUGUCCACUAUUAACGCAUCACGAUUCCCAUUUGUUGAUCGCCCAGGAACUCUGCUGACAGAUUUCUGGCCAGACCCGUUUCGAGUUAUCGAACAGGGGCCGUUCGGAAUCAACAGAGACGACGACAGUAGCGUAGCGCUACUCUCUCCGGCCCGAGUUGACUGGAAAGAAACACCCGAGAGUCACAUUAUCAUGCUCGACGUGCCGGGGCUGAAAAAAGAGGAGAUGAAGAUCGAGUUGUUAGAGAAUAGGGUGCUAAGAGUCAGUGGAGAAAGAACCAGAGAGGAGGAGAAGCAAGGUGAGCAAUGGCAUAGAGUGGAGAGAUCGUACGGGAAAUUCUGGAGACAGUUUAAGCUGCCGGAGAAUGUGGAUUUGGACUCUGUCGAGGCCAAGCUUGAGAACGGUGUUCUUACUUUGUCGUUUGAUAAGCUGUCUUCUGAUAAGAUCAAGGGUCCUAGGGUUGUUAGUAUUUUAGGAGACGAUGCCAAGAUUAAUAGUAAUAAUAAUAAUGAAUCGAAACAAGAGCUCUAGGCUUUUGAGAUCACUAUGGUAUGUGUGGCAACCUAAUUCCUGAAAGAAUAAAUGUUUUAAUUGCUAUCUUGUUUGUAACUUGUGUUUUACUUGUAUUCGAGUGUGUGUUUUUCAUGUAAUGUUUACAAGAGUUAUGUGAUCUAAAUUAAAAAGUAGUGUUUGGUUGAAUUUUAAUGUA